AAUAAUCACAUUGACUAUAACAUAUGUAACAAUUAUGCAUCGAAAUUUUAAAAUUUCACUUGUUUGCUUUGCUGGAGUUAUGAUAUUGUCAGGAAUAAUAAACAUGUUAAUAUUGUACUGGUACGGUAAUACUGUUGUUAUUUACGUCCCGGGACCAGUUAUAAAUCUAUUGGACAGGACUGGAUUACGGAAAGUAGAAAUGAAUAACAACAAAGCGGGUGAAUUCAUAGAGAACUUGUCUAAUGAUGGCCGUCUUGGAUUACAAGAUGAAAAAAUGAAAAUGUUGAACAAACGUAAUUUAAAUGUUCUUGGACUUUCAAAUGGAACAGGAAAAUCUUUGCUAACACAAAUUUCAGAAUUAGAACCGCUAAUAGAACCAGACAUUUGCAGACAACAUGAUAAAGUAUUGCUUGCAAUUCUGAUAUUCUCAAAUCCGUCCAAUAUUGAACGAAGGAAAGUUAUACGUGAAACAUGGUUGUCCGAUAUUAAGACUUCAAUCCGAUAUACGUUUGUUGUAGCCAGAAAAGCCAAUUCAGACCACAAAAAAGAGCUGCUAGAAGAAAUCGACGAACACAAAGAUAUUGUCCAGUUUGACUUCAUUGAUUCAUACAAAAAUUUAACAUUUAAAACAAUAUCCUCCUUCAAAUGGAUUAUGACCGCUUGCCCUCAAGCGUCGUAUGUUUUGAAAAUAGAUGACGAUAUGUGGCUCAAUAAGAAAGCUUUGACCAGUGUCCUUCUACAUGGUGCACUCAAGGGUGCAAUUGGCGGGAAUUGUCAUCGCGGAGAAUCACCCAUCCGUGACCCAGAGAACAAGUAUUAUAUUCCAUGGCGCAGCUACCCAUAUGGUAUAUAUCCGCCAUUUUGUUCCGGUACAGCGUACGUGAUGGAUACUCAAGUGAUGAAGUCAAUUGUUAAUGUUUCUAAGGAUACUCCCUAUUUUCCACUGGAAGACAUUUAUGUCGCUUUAUGUAUGACUAAACUAAAAGCGAAAGUUAUCAAUCUUUACGGAUUUAAUUCAGUUCACGUUCGUGGAAAUCCUUGCUGGUUAAAAAGCGACUGGCUCGUUACUACACAUGAAUUUUUACCUUUCGAGUUACGUAGAAUCUGGAAUACACAAUGCUAUGGGUUAAAUCCGGUUGGGCAAGUUAGACACCAAUUUGAUCCACAAAUAGGCGGUUCAUUACAUUUAAAAAGACAACAAUUGAAAAGGCUUAACAUGGAACAAAUGUUUCGACAAAAUGCCAAAAUGAAUUUAAGGUCUGGUGGGAGACGUUUUGUCAAAAAUCCAAGAUUAAAUUUCAAUUAAAUCGAUAUGGAACUUAUCAUUCGUACAAACGUGUUCUCUCAUUGUUGAUUGAUUGUUCCUUGUUUAUCGUACCGGGGUAUGCAUAUAUGUACUAGAAACACUAUACAAUAAUUAACAUAAGUAGCAUUGCAAAUUUUUUUUCGCCCGAGAUGGACGACAGCAUUUCAGAAUAUCACCGGAAAAUAAGAAGGAUAAUCAUACAUACAGAAAAUGUGCCCUUCAAAAUACGUCGAUAUUGUACCCACAGAAAAAGGGUAGUAAGUACUUUAACGUGCAGAGAACUAGCGACACUCGGCAUCGCCUUCCACAAUCCGACAGGUCACGUGACUGUGUACUAUUAUCGGGUUUGUACGUUACGUACUUCAUUAUUCAUCCUUCAAAGUUCGAUAAUAAAACAAUGUAAAUUAUUUUCGCAUCGUUUU